AUGGGGAAGGCUAAAGGAGGAGAUAUGGCGGAAGGGCUUAUGAGGAAACUACAAGCAAUAUCAUUUUCGGCUAAGGAAGCAGGGGAGAUUGAAAUUCGUAAUGAGGAUAUAAAGGCUAGUGAAGAGGAAUGCAACAUGAGCUUAUUCGGGAAAGUAGUUGGUGACCGGAGGGCUGGUAUUCUUGGAAUUAAACGCACAAUGGGAUUUAUUUGGAAGCUGCAAACAUCAAUGGAGGUCAAAGAGGUUAGCUCCAAUUUCUUCCAGUUUAUUUUCAACUCAUUGGAGGAUAAGAAGAAGGUAGCGGCUGGCCAUAACUGGCUCUAUGAAAAUCAAUAUAUUGUUCUUAAGGAGUGGUUUCCGGGGUUGAAUAGUAAGCACAAAUGCUUUGAGGAGAUAAAUAUUUGGGUGCAAGUUAGUAAUGUUCCCCUAAAUUGGAUGAGUAUAGAUGUGGGCCUUAAGAUUGGCCAAAUUUUUAAUGCGGUGAAGAAUGUUGUGAUCUGUAAAGCUGGAGGGGAAGUUGGAAGUUUCAUUAAACUUCUAGUAGCGAUGAAUCUAAAUGAACCCAUACCCAGGUGCACAUCAGUUAAGCUUGGAGAUCAAAAGGUGUUAGUAGCAUUCAGAUAUGAACGGUUAGCUAAUUUAUGUUACUAUUGUGGUAUGAUUGGCCACUUGGACCGAGGCUGUGAAAAGAAAAUCAAAGACAUUGAAAAUCGAACGGUAGUCGAGGGACAAUUUGGUGAGUGGCUGAAAGCAUCAGAAACUUUACCGGGAGGAAGGAGUACUUAUUCUGGCACUUCAGAAAGGAAUGAGACACCACCAAAACAUAACUCUAAUCAGGGCUCAUGGGAACCUGUCACUGUAAACCCAGCUCUUGUUCAAUCUGAGGAGGCCAGAAUUGGUGGUAGUUCAUCCAAACAACAGCAAGUAGGGGAACAUCAACAUCUCCAUCACCCUGAAGAACAUGAAAUACUAAAUCUUGCUAUUGUCUGUAGAGAGAAGGAGAAAAAGGACUUGCAGGAGACUCACUACAUUGAGGCUAUCACAAUGGAGACUGAUGUAGUAGAAGAGCUUGGGUCAUCAUGGAAAAGAAGAACAUCUGCUGAUGGCAGGUUGCUGAGGGUGGAAGAAGUGCAGAUGGAGGUUGUUAAUACUGUUGGCAGUAAGAGGAACGGAGAUUUAAUAACUUAUGAAGGGAAUUCAGAUCCAAUUGAGGAAGCUCUUAAAGAGUCUAACAAGAAAAUUAACCAUGGAAAAAUGAAGGUGGAGAAGGCCAGCCUUGAAUGGCCCCAAGUUUUCCAAAUCAAGGAUUCCAGAAGAAUCCACCACCCAGAGGUAAUUUUCCUUUCUGAAACAAAAAAAUCUAGGGCUUUUACUAAGACAGUGUGUAGCAAAUUGGGGUUCAAGGGAAGAUGGUAUCUAGAAGAUCCUGUUGGUACUAGAGGGGGAUUGUUAGUAAUGUGGGACUCUGAGGUAGAAGUGAAGGUGGUUGUGGGGAAUGAGUUCUGUAUUCAAAUGGAACUAAGAGGGAAAGGCAUGGUUGAAUGGUGUUGGAUGAUCUUUGUCUACAUGAGUACAGAUAAGAAUACCAGAUCUAGGCAGUGGGAAUACCUUGAAUCUUGUAAGAGUCAGUGGGGACCUUGUUGGGUGAUUGCUGGAGACUGGAAUGAUAUCUCUAGUAACCAUGAGAAGAGAGGUGGAAUCCCUAGAAUUGCUGCAAGCUUUAUACCAUUCAAUCAAUUCAUUUUUAGGAUGGAGAUGUGUGAGGUGGAUCAAAAAGGCUCUUUCUUUACAUGGGGUAAUAAUAGGUCCAGUGGGGACUAUAUUGAGGAAAGGUUGGACAAAGUUUUUGUCUCUUUCGAGUGGAUGGCCAUAUUUCCAAAUAUGGAGGUGUCAAAUUUCUUCAGGACUGCAUCUGACCACAAUGACAUUUUGUUUGACACUGAGAAAGAUGCAUUCAAGCACCACAGAAGGUUUCAGUUCAAUAGUCACUGGCUUAAACUGCAGGGGAUUCAAGAAGCUGUGGAAGCAGGUUGGCAGGGAAUAGUGGAGGGUACUGCUAUGUACCAGGUGCAUCAAAAAGUGAAGAAUACCAGAAUGGCUUUGCUAGCAUGGCACAAACCAAUACAUAGAAACAGUGCUACUACGAUUAAAGAGCUAACCACUAAAAUGGAGGAUAUGAGAAUGGAGGGUCCUGACAGAAAUUGGAGAGAAUGGGGUGCAAUGAAGGCUGAGUUGGAUAGUGCUCACCAAGAAGAGGAGAAUUACUGGAGAUUGAAAUCACGAGCUUUGUGGUUGAAAUCUGGUGACAGAAAUACUCGGUACUUCCAUGCUCACACUGCCCAAAGGAGGAAAAGAAACAUUAUCUCCAAGCUGAAAACCAGCUCUGGUCAAAUCAGUGACAAUCAACAUUCAAUGGCAGCUCACAUUACUGGAUUCUAUUCUAAUCUAUUCACGUCUGAUGGAUCCAGAGGUGGAGCUGAACUGUUGCAACAAAUUCCUUGUUCUAUAUCUGAUGCCAUGAACAAUGAUCUCAUCAAACCGGUGGAGGAAGAAGAAGUUAAAGCUGCCCUGUUUGCAAUGGCCUCUGAGAAAGCUCCUGGGGAUGAUGGUAUGUCAGCUGUAUUUUUUCAGCAUUUUUGGCACAUUUUGAAGAUUGAUAUUUGUAGAGCUAUCAAAAGUUUUUUCAUCACUGGUCAUCUUCUUGAAAACUGGAAGCACACCAUAAUUACUCUGAUUCCAAAGUGUCUUUAUCCUGAGAAUCUGACCAAUUACAGACCAAUUAGUUUGUGUGGAGUUCUCUAUAAAAUUGUGGCAAAAAUGUUGGCUGAGAGGUUAAAACCUUGCUUAGACUCAUGUAUUAGUCAAUCUCAAACUGCUUUUGUGCCUGGAAGACACUUGAUUGAUAAUGUUGUGAUAGCACAUGAGGUCUUCCAUUUUUUGCAUAGACACAGGUCUGGUUCAAAUGUUUUUAUGGCUGUGAAAUUAGACAUGGAGAAAGCCUAUGAUAGGGUGGAAUGGGAGAGUAUCAAAAAGACUAUGCUGAAGAUGGGGUUUCAUGUUAAGUUUGUGCAGUGGAUUUACAGUUGCAUUGCCAAUCCUACUUUCUCUUUCAAUCUUAAUGGCUCAGUGUGUGGAUUUGUCACUUCCUCUCGGGGUAUUAGACAGGGUGAUCCACUAUCACCUUAUCUAUUUAUCCUGGUUUCUGAAUUGCUUUCUUGUUAUUUGCACAACAAAAUAAAUGUUGGUCAGUUCAGGGGGGUGAGGAUAUCUCAAAAUGGUCCUAUGUUGUCUCACUUGCUAUUUGCUGAUGAUGCCUUGGUUUUUUGUAAGGCUGAUGAGGAGCACAGUAUCCUGUUGCUGGAUAUCUUGAAAAAAUACCAGGAAUUUACUGUCCAGAAAGUGAACUUGCACAAAUCCUCCAUGUUUUUGAGUAAGAAUUGUUCUGAUGGGUUGAAGCAUAGGAUCUAUUCUUUACUGGAGGGUGUGGUUGUGAAAAGGUCUUCCAGAUAUCUGGGAUUACCUUUAGGGAUUGGGGCAUCUAAGAUUGAGACUUUUCAAUUUGUGGUUGAGGCUGUUAGAGAUAGAAUUGGUAGUUGGAAGAAUAAUUUCCUCUCUUCUGCUGGAAGGGAGAUUCUUAUCAAAGCAGUGUUAAAUGCUCUUCCUGUUUUUGUGAUGUCUUGUUUCCUAUUACCUGUCAAUGUGUGUAAGGAGGUGUGCAGAUUACUUGCUAAGUUUUGGUGGGACAAGGGAAAUAACCAAUCCAGAAGUAUGCACUGGUUAGCCUGGGAUAAGAUGACUUUGCCUAAAGGUGAGGGUGGGCUGGGUUUCCAGAAUAUCAAGCUUUUUAAUAGAGCCCUAAUUCUGAAGCAACUGUGGAGGAUCUUUGAGCAACCAGAAUUACUUAUGAGCAAAGUGUUGAAAUGUAAGUACUUUCCUAACUGUUCUAUGUUUGAUUGCCAAAAAAAUGGUGGUGCUUCUUGGUUGUGGAAAUCCUGGACUACUUUGCUGCCUGUAUUGAAAAUACAGGUGAAUAUUAUCAUCAGAAAUGGUGCCAAUACUUCAAUUUCUGAAUGUUUUUGGGUGCUUGGGUUAAAUGGAAGUGCUCCUAAACUGACAGCAAAUAUAAAUGGUAGCACAUUUUGGGUGAAAGACUUGCUUAUAGCUGGUGGUGUUCAGUGGGAUCCAAUCCUGAUAAGAGCCAUUUUUUCCGAGGUAGAUGCUUCCUUGAUUAUGCAGAUAAAAUCUCUGAAUCCUCGAAAGGCAGACCAGUGGAACUGUUCAUUUCUGGGGAAAGGAAAAUUUUCUGUGAAAAAAGCUUAUAGUUGGCUGCUGGACACAGAACCAGGUCUGAGGAAUGAGGCAGAAUGCAGUAGGCUGGCUAGUGGAAAUAAGAGAGCUAGGCAGAGGUGUUGGUCUCUGAAAGUGAUGGGAAAGGUGAAGCACUUCAUCUGGAAGUGUUUCACUAAUAUCUUACCUGUCAGCACCAAUCUGGAAAAGAGAGGGAUGGAAGUUGACACUGUUUGCAGAAUCUGUGGGGAAGGGAAGGAGACUCAAGAGCAUGUGUUAUUUCUGUGUAGGAGAGCAAAACUGAUCUGGGAUCUUGCCCCAGUGAAAUGGAACAGAGUGCAGCAGGAUAAUAUGAGUUUCAAAGAAUGGUGGUGGUGGAUUUGUACAAUGAAUUUCAAAGACAUUUCCGAAGAAAGGAUCCAAUUGUCUACCUACAUAUUGUGGUGGCUUUGGAGGGCUAGAAACCUUUGGGUAUUUGAAAGACAAUGGCAACAUGAAAGGUGGAUCUUAGAGGCAACAAUGAGGGACUGGCAAGACUAUAAUGCAGCAGGCUGA